UGGUCAGAAUUCAAAAUAAUCGAUUUGUUAAUCAGACAAAGUGCUGCAUAAAAGGAUCAACUUAAUGCCCCGAAGAUCAAAGGCAAGUCAAUUGUCUUGCAGGCAUCAUGCAUGCUCUACACAAACUCCUGCUUUUUCAGGUCCUGACAUCUCUCGGACAAAAUGCAGAUGGGAGUAAAAUCAUAAAUGGGAAAAUUGCCGACGAUAAGUUGAUGAAGUAUAUGGUAUCGGUGCAGGAUGACAAUGAACACAAAUGUGGAGGAUUCCUUGUCAGCAAACAUUUUGUUGUCACCCAUGGGGGGUGUAAAUUUGAUGAAGACGGAAAAGUAAUGGUUGUUCUCGGCACCCACUAUCUCAGCAAACCUGGCUCUAAAGUAAAAGAACACUUUAAAUCCACAUGCAAACCCCCACCUGGAAUUGGGACUGACAUCAUGCUCAUUGAAAUAUAUCGAACAAAACCAGAAGAUUUACCAAAAGAAAUUCAACUUCAAGACCCUGAAACGGAUGUAAAAGAAAAUGAAAAGUGCCAAUUUGCUGGAUGGGGUCCAGUGGAGAACGAUGGAUCUGAUUAUGACGAUCAGCUCAAUGUGGUGAACGUGACUGUCAUCAGCCCGAAGGCUUGCAAAGAUCAGCUUCCUGGACUUCGUGCCAAUGCUAUCUGUACAGGUGGAAAACAGACAACAGACAAUGGAGGAUUUUGUAAGAGUGAUGCGGGUGGACCCCUCGUGUGCAAGGGGAAAGCUGUUGGAAUUGCGACUGUCGACGACAAAUGUUCCUUCCCAGGUUUACCCAACGUCUACAUUGAUAUCUCAAAAUACCGUUCCUGGAUCGACAAAGUAUUAAAUGGAAAAAUCAUAAAUCGGAAAAUUGCCGACGAUAAGUUGAUGAAGUAUAUGGUAUCGGUGGAGGAAGACGGUGAACACAUAUGUGGAGGAUUCCUUGUCAGCAGACAUUUUGUUGUCACCCAUGGGGGGUGUAAAUCUGAUGAAGACGGAACAGUAUUUGUUGUUCUCGGCACCCACCAUCUCAGCAAACCUGGCUCUAAAAUAAAAGAACACAUUAUGUCCACAUGCAAACCCCCACCUGGAAUUGGGACUGACAUCAUGCUCAUUGAAAUAAAUUCAAAAAAACCAGAAAAGCUACCAAAAGAAAUUCAACUUCAAGACCCUGAAACGGAUGUAAAAGAAAAUGAAAAGUGCCAAUUUGCUGGAUGGGGUCCAGUGAAGAACGAUGGAUCUGAUCAUGACGAUCAGCUCCGUGUGGCGGAUGUGACUGUCAUCAGCCCGGAGGCUUGCAAAGUGCAGAUUCCUGGACUUCGUGCCAAUGCUAUCUGUACAGGUGGAAAACAGACAACAGACAAUGGAGGAUUUUGUAAGAGAGAUGCUGGUGGACCCCUCGUGUGCAAGGGGAAAGCUGUUGGAAUUGCGACUGUCAACGAGGACUGUUCCUUCACAGGUUUACCCAACGUCUACAUUGAUAUCUCAAAAUACCGUUCCUGGAUCGACGACGUAUUAAAUGGAAAAAUUGCCAACGAUAAUUUGAUGAAGUAUAUGGUAUCGGUGCAGGAAGACGGUGAACACAAAUGUGGAGGAUUCCUUGUCAGCAAACAUUUUGUUGUCACCCAUGGGGGGUGUAAAUUUGAUGAAGGAAUCGUUGUUCUCGGCACCCACCAUCUCAGAAGACCUGGCCCUAAAAUAAAAGAACACAUUAUGUCCACAUGCAAACCCCCACCUGGAAUUGGGACUGACAUCAUGCUCAUUGAAAUAUAUCGAACAAAACCAGACGAUCUACCAAAAGAAAUUCAACUUCAAGACCCUGAAACGGAUGUAAAAGAAAAUGAAAAGUGCCAAUUUGCUGGAUGGGGUCCAGUGGAGAACGAUGGAUCUGAUUAUGUCGAUCAGCUCCAUGUGGUGGGCGUGACUGUCAUCAGCCCGAAGGCUUGCAAAGUGCAGAUUCCUGGACUUCGUGCCAAUGCUAUCUGUACAGGUGGUAAACAGACAACAGACAAUGGAGGAUUUUGUAAGAGAGAUGCUGGUGGACCCCUCGUGUGCAAGGGGAAAGCUGUUGGAAUUGCGACUGUCAACGAGGACUGUUCCUUCACAGGUUUACCCAGCGUCUACAUUGAUAUCUCAAAAUACCGUUCCUGGAUCAACGCCCGUAUUAUAGCGAAUAAAUGUUUGAAAUGA